UGAACCUGAAAUUGGGUAGACAUAGAACCGAGACGUUGGGUAUUUCACAUUCAGCGUAGGGCAAUACCACACGUAAAAUUUGAAAUGCGGUUUUGCCCGAGCCUGAAAUAACAAAUAACCUGAUAACAGAUGAUCACAUCGGAUUGACGGCAGAGUAUAAAAGCGAAUGGAUUCGAUGGAGCAAUGCAUCAGUUCAGUUUGCACCUCUGUUCUACCUACUUCAAAGAUGAAAUUCCUUUCGGUUGCCUUUCUGCUCGGCCUUUUGGCUCUAAGCAGCGCUACUCCUCUGAAUCCCGGCAAUGUCAUAAUCAAUGGAGAUUGCCGAGUCUGCAACGUUCACGGCGGAUAAUGGAUAUGGCUGCAUAUGAAAGGAAUUCGGCAAAUGGAUUAUUGACCAACAGAACAUGCACAAAUUUAUUAUCAAUUUUUGAUUGGACUACUUGAAAUAAAAACUCGCUCACUAA